GGCGCCCUCCCGCCGCAGGCGCCGCCCGGGCCGUCCCUCCCCGCCGCCCCCCGCCCUCCGCCUCCCCCCGCCCUCCGCCUCUCUUCCCCCUCCCCGCCCAGCAGCGGUCGCUCGGGCCAGGCUCUCGGUUAUAAGAUGGCGGCGUUGAGCGGCGGCGGCGGCGGCGGCGCGGACCAGGGCCAGGCUCUGUUCAACGGGGAUAUGGAGCCCGAGGCCGGCGCCGCGGCCUCUUCGGCUGCGGACCCGGCCAUUCCCGAGGAGGUGUGGAAUAUCAAACAAAUGAUUAAAUUGACACAGGAGCAUAUAGAGGCCCUACUGGACAAAUUUGGUGGGGAGCAUAAUCCACCAUCAAUAUAUCUGGAGGCCUAUGAAGAAUACACCAGCAAGCUAGAUGCCCUCCAACAAAGAGAACAACAGUUAUUGGAAUCCCUGGGGAAUGGAACUGAUUUUUCUGUUUCUAGCUCUGCAUCAACAGACACCGUUACAUCUUCUUCCUCUUCUAGCCUUUCAGUGCUGCCUUCAUCUCUUUCAGUUUUUCAAAAUCCCACAGAUGUGUCACGGAGCAACCCCAAGUCACCACAAAAACCUAUCGUUAGAGUCUUCCUGCCCAAUAAACAGAGGACAGUGGUACCUGCAAGGUGUGGAGUUACAGUCCGGGACAGCCUAAAGAAAGCACUGAUGAUGAGAGGUCUAAUCCCAGAGUGCUGUGCUGUUUACAGAAUUCAGGAUGGAGAGAAGAAACCAAUUGGCUGGGAUACUGAUAUUUCCUGGCUUACUGGAGAGGAAUUGCAUGUAGAAGUGUUGGAGAAUGUUCCACUUACAACACACAACUUUGUACGGAAAACUUUUUUCACCUUAGCAUUUUGUGACUUCUGUCGAAAGCUGCUUUUCCAGGGGUUCCGCUGUCAAACAUGUGGUUAUAAAUUUCACCAGCGUUGUAGUACAGAGGUUCCACUGAUGUGUGUUAAUUAUGACCAACUUGAUUUGCUGUUUGUCUCCAAGUUCUUUGAACACCACCCAAUACCACAGGAGGAGGCCUCCUUAGCAGAGACUACCCUUACAUCUGGAUCGUCCCCUUCUGCACCCCCCUCCGAUUCUAUUGGGCCCCCAAUUCUCACCAGUCCGUCUCCUUCAAAAUCCAUUCCAAUUCCACAGCCUUUCCGACCAGAUGAAGAUCAUCGAAAUCAGUUUGGACAGCGAGAUCGGUCCUCAUCAGCUCCAAAUGUGCAUAUAAACACCAUAGAACCUGUCAAUAUUGAUGACUUGAUUAGAGACCAAGGGUUUCGUAGUGAUGGAGCCCCUUUGAACCAGCUGAUGCGCUGUCUUCGGAAAUACCAAUCCCGGACUCCCAGUCCCCUCCUACAUUCUGUCCCCAGUGAAAUAGUGUUUGAUUUUGAGCCUGGCCCAGUGUUCAGAGGAUCAACCACAGGUUUAUCUGCCACGCCCCCUGCCUCAUUACCUGGCUCACUCACUAAUGUGAAAGCAUUACAGAAAUCUCCAGGACCUCAGCGAGAAAGGAAGUCAUCUUCAUCCUCAGAAGACAGGAAUCGAAUGAAAACACUUGGUAGACGGGAUUCAAGUGACGAUUGGGAGAUUCCUGAUGGGCAGAUCACGGUGGGACAAAGAAUUGGAUCCGGGUCAUUUGGGACAGUCUACAAGGGAAAGUGGCAUGGUGAUGUGGCAGUGAAAAUGUUGAAUGUGACAGCACCCACACCUCAGCAGUUACAGGCCUUCAAAAAUGAAGUAGGAGUACUCAGGAAAACUCGACAUGUGAAUAUCCUACUCUUCAUGGGUUAUUCAACAAAGCCACAACUGGCUAUUGUUACCCAGUGGUGUGAGGGCUCCAGCUUAUAUCAUCAUCUCCACAUCAUUGAGACCAAAUUCGAGAUGAUCAAACUUAUAGAUAUUGCACGGCAGACUGCACAGGGCAUGGAUUACUUACACGCCAAGUCAAUCAUCCACAGAGACCUCAAGAGUAAUAAUAUUUUUCUUCAUGAAGACCUCACAGUAAAAAUAGGUGAUUUUGGUCUAGCCACAGUGAAAUCUCGAUGGAGUGGGUCCCAUCAAUUUGAACAGUUGUCUGGAUCCAUUUUGUGGAUGGCACCAGAAGUAAUCAGAAUGCAAGAUAAAAACCCAUAUAGCUUUCAGUCAGAUGUAUAUGCAUUUGGGAUUGUUCUGUAUGAAUUGAUGACCGGACAGUUACCUUAUUCAAACAUCAACAACAGGGACCAGAUAAUUUUUAUGGUGGGACGAGGAUAUCUAUCUCCAGAUCUCAGUAAGGUACGGAGUAACUGUCCAAAAGCCAUGAAGAGACUAAUGGCAGAGUGCCUAAAAAAGAAAAGAGAUGAGAGACCACUCUUUCCCCAAGAAAGGUCCAGAAGAAAGUAUAGACUCUUUAACAGUGGUUACCCCUGGAAGAUUCUCGCCUCUAUUGAGCUGCUGGCCCGCUCAUUGCCAAAAAUUCACCGCAGUGCAUCCGAACCCUCUUUGAAUCGGGCUGGCUUCCAAACAGAGGAUUUUAGUCUGUAUGCUUGUGCUUCUCCAAAAACACCCAUCCAGGCAGGGGGAUAUGGAGAAUUUGCAGCCUUCAAGUAGCCACACCAUCAUGACAGCAUCUACUCUUACUUAAGUCUUGUGUUCGUACAAUUUGUUAACAUCAAAACACACGUUCUGUUCCUUAACUCUUUUUAAAGAUAAAAAUUUUCAAUGCAUAAGCUGGUGUGGAACGGAAUGGAAUUUCCCAUCCAACAAAAGAGGGAAGAAUGUUUUAGGAACUAGAAUUCUCUGCUGCCAGUGUUUCUUCUUCAACACAAAUACCACGUGCAUACAAGUCUGCCCACUCCCAGGAAGAAGGAGGAGAGACCCUGAGUUCUGACCUUUUGAUGGUCAGGCAUGAUGGAAAGAAACUGCUGCUACAGCUUGGGAGAUUUGCUCUGGAAAGUCUGCCAGUCAACUUUGCCCUUCUAACCACCAGAUCAAUAUGUGGCUGAUCAUCUGAUGGGGCAGUUGCAAUCACCAAGCCUCGUUCUCUUUCCUGUUCUGGGAUUUUGUUGUGGAGCUCUUUCCCCUAGCCACCACUGGUUAAUUUCUGAGGGAUGGAACAAAAAUGCAGCAUGCCCUUCCUGUAUGGUGCAUGUUCAGUCCUUGAUACAUUUUUACCAAAAUGAAGCUAUUUUAUUUAAAUGGAGGGUGAGAGAUGAGGAGGUAGGUUUUGGUGUAGAGGAGAAGGGAAUGCUGCAUCUUUUUCCUGACCUGCUGGGUCUCUGGCCUUUGUUUCCUCGCUCACGCAGGCGCUGCCUGGCGGGCAGACUGGAAGCUCUGGCGCACAUUGCCUUCUUUUCCCAUUGGGUCCAGCAAUGAAGACGAGUGUUUGGGGAUUUUUUUUCUCCACGAUGUAGCAAGUUCUCAGGAAAAUACAAUUGAUAUCUUCCUCCUAAGCUCUUCCAGUCACCAAGUACUUAUGUGGCUACUUUGUCCAGGGCACAAAAUGCCUGUAUCUAAUUAAAAGCCUACAAAACUGCUUGAUAACAGUUUUGAAUGUGAGACAUUUAUAUAAUUUAAAUGUAAGGUACAAGUUUUAAUUUCUGAAUUUCUUCUAUUAUAUUUUUAUUAAAAAGAAAAUAAUUUUCAGAUUUAAUUGAAUUGGAAUAAAAUAAUACUUCCCACUAGAAUUAUAUAUCCUGGAAAAUUGUAUUUUUGUUAUAUAAACAACUUUUAAAGAAAGAUCAUUAUCCUUUUCUCUACCUAAAUAUAUGGGGAGUCUUAGCAUAAUGACAAAUAUUUAUAAUUUUUAAAUUAAUGGUACUUGCUGGAUCCACACUAACAUCUUUACUAAUAUCUCAUUGUUUCUUCCAACUAACUCCUGCACUACAUCCUACAUUUUCUUUCUAGUCUUUGAUCUAGCAUAUGCAACCUCAAAUAAAAAUGGUGGUGUCUCCAUUCAUUCUCCUCCUUCCUUUUUUCCCAAGCCUGGUCUUCAAAAGGUUGGUUAACUUUGGCAGCCGAGUCCCCCAGGCAGAGAAUAGAGCAAUUUUAGGUGUAUUGGGACUGAGGGAGGAUGUGAAAAGCCUAACUAACCUCAGUUGUUUUUAUAGAAAGAACUGCUGUGGUGUUAAGAACCUUGUUCCUUAUCUUUAUAAAUGGGGAAUAUAACCUAGUCAUAACUUCCCUUGACCUUUACUAAAGUGUGGUAUAAAUCACAGUAGUAGCAAAGAAAGUGACUCUGUAUGUAUUAAUGGCAAAUACCCCCCUUAUCAUGAAUCUGGACUCUGUUAUCAAGAUUUAAGAAUGUAAAUCAAAUGUACCUAGCCCAACCAAGCUAUGUAGUGAGGGACCUGAAAGAAAUUAGACAGGACCUAUAAAAUAAAUCAGGGAAUUAGAAAUUAUUUAAAGUUUUCAAAUUGUAAAUUGCCCCGCUAUUUUUCAGCCUACUAAAGCUUACUGUCAUUAGAUGAUUUCUUGCUAUGUUACCUAUAUUCAGAAGAAGGCCUGUUGAAAAUUCCAUGGACUUGUAAAAGAUUGUCCCAGUAAAAUGGGAAAUAAUCCUCAAGUUAUUAACGAGUUUGAAAAGCAGUGUAUUCUUAAGUCUUUUGUGAGCAGAGCAGUAUCUUACAAAAUUGAGAAAUUGCAAAAAUGAAAAUGAUUUGUGAUUUGAAGAGCAUCUUGUGUGCAUAAUGCUGCCUCUCUUUUAAAAGCAUUGUUUAUUUUUCUUUUAAAAUAUGUCCCCAUAGAUGCUUUUGAACAUGCUUGUGUUACCUUUUCCAAGAUUGGAGAGAGCUGGGCUUGAACAGUAGGUGUGUCCUGCCGGAGCCUGUAGUGCAGGACUCCCUACCUGAGCACGGCAGGAGCCAGCGCAGGAGCUAGUUAUGGAGGGAGCUUAGCAUUGGCGUUUUCAAAACAAAAUUCAAGGUGAUACACUGUUUUCUUCCCUUUCUUUUUAGAAUAGAUUGCUAUCUCAUUUGAAAAAUCUCAUUUCUUAAAUGAAGCUGUGCCCAGAAGCCAGGCUCAGGGUAUUCUUGAGAGAUUUGUAUAGAGCCCUUAAAAAAUAAAAAUAAAAUUUCAGCAUUUCCCUUUUCUUCCUUUUCUCCAUUAAAUACUUUUUCUCUAGUUUACAAAUGGCAUGGAAAAGGAAUUUCCCCUGAGUUUUACAUGCUUUUUUUGAUGCUUAGACUACAGAUAGACUUGAGCUCCUAAGAAAAUACAAGGAAAGAACUCCUUGUUUGUUGUGCAGUGCACUUUAUGAGUAGUUUGUAUCAAUAUUAUGUGGCUGCUUUACUGAAAAGCUUGUAAGGCUGUACUUAUCUGUCUUUCCUAUAAGGCGGCUGCAGUGCCUUCUGUAGUGUAUUUUAUUUUGGAUAAGGAGAGGUGACACCUUCCGAAAAAUUUCAGAGUAACCAUAAAAGAUUGUUUUAAAGUAUGUAGUAUUCCUGAUGGACUUUUUCAUCAUUAAACUAGUCUAGGGUCUAAACUUGUACCACUGAAAUAAUAUUGACCAAAAAGUAAUUUAUAAAAGGGAUUUGUGAAUAGAAAAUCCACUGUAAUCAUUUGUACUUAAGUGCACUCUUAAAAGAAGAUUGUCUCGCUGUCAAAUUCUGGUUCCUUGACAUCCAAUCCCUGGUUUUGUUUGCGAUCUGGUAGGACAUGCUAAGGCAAGCUAGAAGAUAAAAUCCCAUAUACUUUAGUAUACCUAUUAUAUUUAUGUCAAUGUUGGAGAAGAAAGAAUAGUUACUUAGUAAUAAAGAUCCAAGACUUCAACAUUGUCAACCUGAAACUUUGUAAAUAUUUCCUAAAUUCUUGUUUGGUGUGGUCACAGCUCUUUAUCACACAAUGUUAUCUUUUACUCAUCAGGCAAUUUUGGAACUGCUGCACGCCCCUCCUCAGAUCUCACCUGCCCCUCCCGUACAUUCACCUCUCCAGCCUUGUGCACACCUCAUUUAGCUUUACUUUGAAACACAUUGCAGGGUUCAGGUGACCUCUUCAAAAACUACCUCCUCAGAAUGAGGUAAUGAAUAGUUAUUUAUUUUAAAAUAUGAAAAGCCAGGAGCUCUAGAACAUGAAGAUGAUUUAAGAUUUUAAUUUUUAUGUGUACUUGUAUUUGAGCCUUCUCAUUUUGUCCUAAAGGGCAUUAUACAUUUAAGCAGUAAUACUGAAAAAUGUAGCUCAGAGUAUCUGAAUGUUGUUGAAAGUGGUGCCAGAAUCUGUUUAGGGGUACGUUUCAGAAUUUUUAACCUUAUAUCGGUUGCAUGAAAUUAAAUAGUUAAUGGUAACACUUCACUAACCGUGAUAUAAUUGUAAUCUUCGGUAGGCUUAGCAAGACAGUACAUCUUCAUAAUGAGUUAGCUGCAGCUUCGUCACAUGCACAGAUGCUCCUGUAGAGAGACUGCCCAGUUAAGAGGGUAGAAUGAUGACCCAUUUUGCAAGUUUCUCUUCUUUGUCCAAAUUGGCAUUCUUUGUGCUAGAAUAUCAGCACUUUGAGACUAGCAAUUUCAACCAUUAGACUAUUAAAAAGCAAAACAAACAAAAAAACCAUAGCCAGACAUGGAAAGUUUACCGUGAGUAUAAACAGCAAAUAGCUUACAGGUCAUACAUUGAAAUGGUGUAGGUAAGGCUCUAGAAAAAUACCUUGACAAUUUGCCAAAUGAUCUUACUGUGCCUUCAUGAUGCAAUAAAACUAAAAUUUUAGCAGAAAUCAGUGAUUUGUGAAGAGAGCAGCCACCCUGGUCUAACUCAGCUGUGUUAAUAUUUUUUAGCGUGCAAUUUAGACUGCAAAGAUAAAUGCACUAACGAGUUUAUAGCCAAAAUCAUGUUUAAAAAAAUGAGAAAACACAGGUAAAUUUUCAGUGAACAAAAUUAUUUUUUUAAAGCACAUAAUCCCUAGUAUAGUCAGAUAUAUUUAUCACAUAGAGCAAAUAGGUUGAAAUCAUAAUUCAGUGACAUUUCUAGAGAAACUUUUUCUACUCCCAUAGGUUCUUCAAAGCAUGGAACUUUUAUAUAACAGGAAUGUUUGACAGACAUUUUAAGAAAUUGCUGUAGUUUAGGGUUGAAGUACUAUAUGCUGGGCAGUAGUCAUAUGUAUUAACUAGUGAGAAGGGUGAAAUUAACAUAUAGGACAGAAUUUGAUUUUCUCAGUUCCCAGAGUACUGCCAACCUAGUCACUGAUUUUCCAGAGUUUGAAAUAUAAACUUGCCUCUCAGGAUUUGUUUGCAAAUUAAGUGGGACUGUCUUGCUAAUGCUGUUCAAGGUGCUCUGGGGGCCAGGUGGAAUCUCCAGGGGCUCCUCUGAGGGGACAUAUGGCUGGCGGGUGUGAACUGGACACACUCCAUGGUGUGCUUCUAGUAUCUUGAUUCCUCACCACCCCCAAGAAAGGCUUCAGCAAGUUCUCUAGACGUUUCACUAAGGAGUAUUACUAAUGCCCAUAGAUUGUUGAGCACCCGAGGGGUGCAGUAGCAUCUCUGCCUGAUUGUAUAUUGGCCCCCAGAGGAGAAUGAAGUGGCCAGUGUACUCAUAUUCCAUGUUGCUAGCUCUGGUAAAUUGAAAAUACUGGUAAGAUUUUUUUUUUUAUUAGCACACUAGAGAGUAAGCUUUGUUUUGUUGUUUGAAGAUAAUCCAUUUUCACUUGUUUGGGAAAACAUUUAAAUUGAAUUUCAGUCCUAAAUGUUGCCAGUUGGGGUAAUUAACAGUUUCUAUCAGGUGUUUUUAAGGUAGAAGAGGACAGAAACAUAAGUCCUAAAAUCUUAAAUUAAGGUAACAGUGGUUUAUUUUACAACACUUAGGGGUGGUUAGUCUCUACCUCAGAAAAUUGAUUGAGUGUAUCUUUUAUUUCAGUAUCCACAAUUUCAACUGUUGUUCUUGUCAUACUUUUUUUUAACCUUUUGACCCCCUUUACCCAACUGUUAACUUAGUCUUAUUAAUUACUAAAUCCGUUUCAUUAAAAUGUUUAAUUUUAUUUAGCAGUUUUGACUAAUUACAAUGAUAUAACCAGUUGUGCAUGAGGACACAGCCAGUGAGUGUAUCUGGGUUUUUUUGUGAUGCUUUUUUUUCUUAAGAAUUCUGUAGAUUGAAGUACUCUUUGAAAACAAAGGACUAAAAUACGUUUAUUCGUGUUAGCAUAAAAAAAAAAAAAAGAUUUGUGCAAACCAUCUGCUUCUCCUGGCAGGCUGAGCACAUUGUCCAGCACCCACGAGUGGCUGGUUCUCAUCACAGAAUCUAUGUAGGGAAUCGGGCAUGAAAUUCACUGAAGAGAUAGAGCAGAGGAAGUGUUGUGUUUACAGGAGUGGAGAUAGGGCUUAUGAGUAAGUUGCUUAGUAAGUUGAUUUUGUUUUGAGAAUUAUUGUGUUACAUUUGUGUGUUAAGCUUUUUUUAACCCACUUGUGUUUUGGUGGAGUAUGUGUUACAUAAGAGGAAACGUCAGACUAACAUAAGCAACCAAGCUCACAGUCUAGGCACAGAUGUAGACAAAGUGGACCAAAAUGGGAGGGGGGAGGGUAUGGGAGUAAGUCUGGGGUAGGGAAGAAUUGAUGUGAGGGUGGGAAAUAAACUAUAAUUACCUGAAAUAAAAUGUAAGAGUGCAAUAAGUGUGCUUUUUAUUCUAAGCUGUGAACGGGUUUUUUAAAAAAUCAUUCCUUCCUAAUACAUUUGCCUGUGUUCUGUAGCUGAUUAAAACCAGCUAUGUAAACAUAUAAUGCCUUUUUAUUCAUGUUAAUUACCAACAUAAAUGGCUAACCUUUAUGUCUUAUUUAUCUUCAUGUUAUGUUAGUUUACAUACAGGGGUGUGUAUGUGUGUGUAUGCUGUAAAUUUUCCCUCCGUCAUUUGAAAACGCCUUUGUUGGGUCCUCUGUGUUUCCUUUGGCCAUGCCACAGGUUAUAGUCUCGGCUUGGCCUUCAUAUCGCCUGAUUUGAAGGACUCUAUCGCAGUGACGUGGCUCAUUCAAUUGUUGUACACUCUGACCCUUUCCUCACUCAGCAAUUGCUGUUUCUUCUAAGAUAGGAGUGUACAACUAUGAGGAAAUUGACAUUAACUGUUUAACAUAUGUCCCUUCGAAUUCUAUUUAGUAGUUAUGAUUGCUCUUUGGUUUGGACCAAGAAAAAGGAAAUCCGUGCCCCCCCGUCCCCUUUCACUUAUUUCUCGGUUUGAGGACAAUUCUUCUAUAAGAGAGAGGAAAGGGAAAUCCUUCAUGUUUUAACUGCAGUGAGUUAAUGGCCCCUGGUUUACUCCAAACCUUAUGGCGAUUCACAUUCACAUUCCUCUCCUCUCUCGCUGCCAGAGGUUUGGGUUUAGUUCACUUCAGUUCCGCUCAAGCAUUGAAAAGGUUCUCAUGGAGUCUGGGGUGUGCCCAGUGAAAAGAUGGGGACUUUUUAAUUGUCCACAGACCUCUCUAUACCUGCUUU